AUGUACGGUGGAAUGCUUGAGGCGUUGCUAGAAAGCGUGGACGAUGCCGAGAAGGUGCUGGAAGAGGGCAGUACUGGAGACGCGCAGCAGAUGGCGGCCAAUACAGCAGGUAUUCUGCAACAGAUCAGUAACGAAGUGAGUUUGUUGUCGCAGGCAGUCAAUGCGCAUGAGCGGGAGAUGAAGAGGUUGAAUGAGAUAGCCAGAGCGAUUCGUCGAGCGUGA